AUGGCAGCUUUUGCUGCUUUGAUUUCGCUUCUUCCAGCUGCACUAGCUCAGCAGCAGGCCGGCGGAGAUUAUCAAAGGUAUUUGGACCAGUAUGCCGGUGAUUAUGAGAAGUACAUCGGCAGCGGUGGAUCUGCAGGUGGAUCUGGAUUUACAAAAUAUUAUCAGAAGUACAUGCAGCAAUAUGGGGACUACACCAAGUACAUGAAUGGAGGGCAUGCCGGGGAUGGAUAUGAGUCGUUCCUUGGCCAGUAUGCAGGCAAGUUCAUGUCCGGCGACAAGGCCGCAGGCAAGGCAGAGGCAGCUCAGAAGCCUGCGACCCCAGUGGCCUUGGCAGGCUCCCAUGGAGGGAGUGGUCAGAAACCGUCCUACAUGGACUUUCAGAGAUAUCUUCAGGGCCAGGGCAGAGCUAGCAGACCCAGCGAUUUCUCGCAGUACAUGAAUCAGUAUGCCGCAGACUACCAAGAGAAGCAUGCUCAGGGCACUCAAGCUGGAGACUUUUCAAAGUUCAUGGAUUUCGCGAAGUAUAUGCACGGGGGACAGGCUCCGCAAGGUGGUGCAUCCUUCUCCCAGUACAUGGACGGAUACGCAGACUUCCAGAAGUAUAUGCAAGGGCACGGGUCCUCUGGCGAUGAUUUCUCCAAGAACUACCAGCAGUACAUGCAGCAACAUGGGUCGCAAGGUGGUGGCGGGUACCAGAAGUACAUGGAUUUCCAGAAGUACAGUGGCCAAGGAGGUGAUUUUUCCAAGUUCAUGGCCGAGUAUGCAGGUGAUUAUUCCAAGUACGCAGGGCAGGGCUCCAAAGCACAAGGCUCGCAAGCGGGCUUUUCCAAGUACAUGAAAGACUAUGCGGAUUACCAGAAGUACAUGCAAGGGCAAGGCGGCUCGGGAGGAGACUACAUGUCCCACUAUGCAUCGGACUACCAGGGCCAAGGCCAAGGUUCGCAAGACUACUCCAAGUUCAUGGAUCAGUAUGCAAAGGGUUACAUGGGGCAGAGCUCAGUCGGCACUGGCGAUUUCAAGAAAUAUAUGGACUAUCAGCAAUACGUGCGUGGUCAGACUUCGCACACUCCAGAUUUUUCGAGGUACACGUCUAAGUUUGCUUCCGACUACGAUAAAUAUAUGCAAGCCCCAGACAGGGACGGACACACCGACCACAGGGGCCAUGGCAGUUCAGCGGACCACCAGAAGUCAGCUUCCAACAGCGUCAAUGACACAGCAUCGCCGGUCGUGUUCGCAGCUGGCACUGAUUCCUAUGACAAGUACAUGCACGCCAGGGGAAGCCAAGCAGCUGGCGACUUUGGCAAGUACUUCAGUGACUACCGGAACUAUGAGCAGAACAAAGGCAAGCAGGAGGCUGCUGACUUCCAGCACUACAUGAAAGGCUAUGCCGAUGACUACUCCAAAUAUGUGCAAGAACGCGGUGAUUCAGCUGCAGAUGCCAAAGACUUCCAGAAGUACAUCGCCCAGUAUGCAGGCAAUUACCAGAAGUACGUGCAGGACCAGCCGUCUGCAUCUGCGCCCAGUGCGCCAACUUUUUUUGCCACCUCUGGUGCAUCUGCAGAGCCUGUGCCCGAGCAGACGCAAGAGCAGCGGGAGAACGAGAAGUUGCAGAAGGAGCAGCAGGCCCUUCAUGCGGAGCUUCAAGCGGAGAAGGAGCGCCUCAGCACCGAGCUGAAGAAGGAACGUGAGCAGCGUCGAGAAGAGAAGGAGCACCUUCGGACAGAGCUUCAGGCGGAAGAGAAGGAGCGGAGCCAGGCAAAAGCUGCUCAGCCUCAGCCUGCUCCUGCUGCCUUGGCAGAGACGGCUGGCUCCAGGCUCAUGUCAGUCUCGCCCCUGCUUGUGGGUCUCUUGACGGUAGCUGGGGUGUGCGGCCUGCUCCGAAGAAGAACGCUGCGCAGACGGGCAGCCGACGACGACUAUUUGAUGCAGCUGGAUCCUCCAUUGGCAGCGGUUUGA